AUGCAAGGCUUCAAUAUGGGACGUUAUGUCCCUCCUGACCAGGAGGGAUUGAUGAGUGGAAACCAGUUACAUGGAAAGCACGCUUUGGGAGCUCGAGCGAAAAAGAUUUCUCAGGGUAUUCUGACGGUACGAUUCGAGAUGCCAUAUCCUAUCUGGUGCACGCAUUGCCCGAAGCCCACCAUAAUAGGACAAGGGGUACGAUUCAAUGCGGAGAAAAAGAAAGUAGGCAACUAUCUCUCGACGCCGAUCUAUAGUUUUCGCAUGAAACAUAUUACUUGCGGCGGUUGGAUCGAGAUACGUACGGAUCCAAAGAAUACGGCCUAUGUGAUCACUGAAGGCGCGAGGAAACGAGAUACAGGCGAAGACAAAGUCCUGGACGGGGAUACCAAAAUCUUGUCCGAAGAGGAGAGGGAGAAACUUAGGAACAAUGCAUUCGCAUCUUUAGAGGGAAAGGUCGAGGAGAAAGAAAGGCUAGUAGGUAGUAAGAAACGACUGGAAGAGUUGCAAGAUCUUUCUGAACAAUGGGAAGAUCCACAUGAAGCGAAUAGAAAAUUAAGAAGAGCUUUUCGAGAGGGGAGAAAGGCGCGAGAAAAAGAAGCUGGCGUAACAUCUGCACUACAGGAUAAAAUGAGUUUGGGCCUUGACUUGUUGCCAGAGCACGAGGAAGAUGUAAGGAGGGCGGGUUUCAUUGAAUUUGGAGGUAAAGAUUCUCAAAUCAAUAUCAACAAGACAAUUUCGAAGCCCCUCUUUGAAAUUGACAGCCAACCUUUUGCAGCAGACAAGAAGGUCUCAAACCCCUCGCGAAGAAAGCAAGCUGAGGCAUUGGCUGCAAAACAACGUAACGAUGCCGUGGCUGAGAUCAGAGGUAAUACAAGAGCUGCGAUGGAUCCGUUCCUUGUCAACAAGCAAUCAAACGGCGCCAAGAGCACAGCCAAAACCUUGCUAGCUGGUGUUAAGAGGAAGAGAUCCGUCCCUAUUGAAGACGCUUCGUCCAUACCAAAGGUACCUGGUUUGGUCGAUUAUGAUUCCGAUGAUUGA